AUGCGAUGGCGUCAACCACGGCGUCGCUCUCUCGUCGCCGAUCCUCGCACGAAAACGAAAUCUCCCUUCCUCUCGACUCCUCGAACUCUCAUCGUCCCUGUAAACCCGCCUGCACCCAUGGCGCUGUACGACUCCCUCCGUCUCCUCCGCAUCCUCGUCUCCCUCUCCCUCAUCGCGACGCUCGCCUCACUUGCCGCACCCGUCGGCGCGCAGCCACAGCAGCGCGGGCUAGUGGAUCUGAAGACCAUACCCGAGAAUUCCGUGUCGUCAUGGUCCCUGCAGGGCCCGCCAGCGCUGCGCAAGGAGAGCACUCCGGGGCAGUUCAAGUUGGUGGGGCCUGUUGUUAUCAACGUGCUCAAGGUCAUCCGCCCGCAAUUCACGCCCAUCCAGGCUGAGUGGGUGUCCUCCAAUCUGACGUCAGAUCCUGCCACGUGGACAGCUACCAUAGGUCCACCUUCAGGCGCCAACGAGUUUGCUAACCUGACCUUCCAGGACCCCCAGGUGCAAAUCUGGGGGGGGCGAUUUGACAUUGACAAUACCACGAGCGACUAUUCCUUCAAGCCCAACAACACCAAGCUGCUCUUCUCCCGCGUUUCUGGUACCCUGCUGCGAUCUGACGUGGACAAGCAGAAUGUGGUGAUCACGCUGCCUGCGGGAAACAUCCCGACACUGAAUGGGAAAUUCAUCCGAAGGGGUCCUGUCUUUGAGCUCAUUUCUGGAGGCGAGCUUGACAUUCCACUCCGUGCCUUGGUUGUUGCUCUAGGUGUGGAACCAGGCCCUCCUCCUCCUGGCCCCAAUUUCCCUGACGAGGUGGUCAUGAAAGUCAACCUCAGCCUGCAGGCCAUUGGUCGGCAGCCUCCCCGAACCAUUGGAGGGCGUCCCGCACCUGCUGCACCGAGUUGCGCACAGCGACCGCCACGUGUGAUGCGCGGACUGGUGGACCUUAACACGAUUCCUGACAACUCCUUGUCGUCGUGGUCGCUGGAGGGGCCACCGGGGCUGCGCAAGGAGAGCACUCCAGGGCAGUUCAAGCUGGUGGGGCCUGUCGUUAUCAACGUGCUGAGGGUCAUCCGCCCACAGUUCACGCCCAUCUUUGCGGAAUGGCUCUCAUCGAACUUCUCCUCAGACCCUGCCACGUGGACGGCUUUCAUUGCGCCACCUGCAGGCCCGAACGAGUUCGCGAACCUGACCUUCGACAAUCCCAAGGUGCAGAUCUGGGGCGGGCGCUUUGCCAUCGACAACACAACGAGCGACUACUCGUUCCAGCCCAACAACACCAAACUGCUCUUCUCCCGCGUCUCUGGCACGCUGCUGCGCUCCGAUGUGGACAAACAGAACAUCGUCGUUGACAUUCCCAAGGCCGACGCCCCCACUCUCGACGGCAAAUUCAUCCGCCGCGGGAAGAUCUUUGAGCUGCUCUCUGGUGGAUCCUUUGACGUGCCGCUCCGUUCGGUUGUUGAAGCUCUUGGGGGCACCACACCCCCUGGCCCCACCCCGCCUGGAGCAGCGGCAGUGAUGCGGGUGAACCUUAACCUGCAGGGGAUAGGCCAGCAGCCGCCCAGUGCCGUGAGCCCCUACCCAGCCCCGUCUGCUCCUGGCAGGGAACCUCCUCCUCUGGCUGGUGUCCCCUCUGGUGCUCCUACUCCCCCAGGCUGUGCACCUGUUCCUGCGCCUGCUCCCACCCCUGCUCCCACCCCUGCUCCCACCCCUGCUCCUACCCCUGCUCCCUCCCCUGCCCCUGCUCCUACCCCUGCUGCUGGUGGUAAGACCCCUCCCCCUCCUCCUGGUGCUGCUCCUGGCCGUGCUCCGGGAGCUGCUCCCGGUGCUGCUCCUGGGGCUGCUCCGGGAGCUGCUCCUGGUGCUGCUCCAGGCGCUGCUCCCGGUGCUGCACCUGGCCGUGCCCCGGGUGCUGCUCCCGGAGCUGCCCCCAUGGGCUGA